UCAGUUUUCGUCAAACCAUCGUUGCAUUCGCGUCAAUAGUUUUAGUAUGCUGUAUGGAAGAAAUACUGGCCAUACUAUAGACACUAGUACACUACAAUCGUACCGGCACGAAAUAAUUAAAUCGUCGACGCGGAUUCAUGAACCACGAUGGGCAUUCUAUAGAUAUAAUAAUAAUAUAUCAUAUGAUAUAGAUAUGAUAAUUUAUCUAACGUCAUCCGAAGUCCUCUUGCGAGUUACUAUUUUCCUUUUAACGGCAAUAAUAAUACAUCAUAAUAUUCCUGGUGAACGUGGUGGACCGAUGUUCACGAACGCGUUGCGAUUUCGGCAGUUGUUUUCUAUUCCCGCCGUAUUGACUUUCAUGGUGAACCGCUGCUGACAUGUGUGCGGCUAACGUCGUCAGCUACUUAUGCACGUGAUGUCCGAUAUCGAUCGCGAAGCUACAGCGUCCGAAGAUCGAAACUCCGCCACUGCUGCUGUUGUAUUGCCAAACGAUCCUUUGGAUUGGACUAACGAUCACGUAGCGGCAUGGUUGAAAUGGUGUGUCAGACAUUUAGAACUGUGGCCAAUUCCGAAAUCAGACGACUUUCCUAACACAGGUUAUGAACUCUGUUCAUUAGACAGGACUGAGUUUGAUCGUAGAUCACGAAACAGACGUUCCGGCCGAUUAUUAUUACUACAUUUGUCAUUACUUCGACAACCUGUUACUGGAACGCCACCUAGUCCCAGUCUCACAACACCCGAAGACGAUCCAUACGAGGUGGUCAACGCAGCCAGCAGUCGGCUUGUAGCACAAGCGGCCGCAGGCUCGGGGCAAAUACAAUUGUGGCAGUUUCUGUUGGAGUUGUUGGCCGAUUCCAACAACGUCGGGUGCAUUUGCUGGGACGGUCCCGGUGGCGAAUUCAAGUUGAUCGACCCAGACGAGGUGGCCAGGCGUUGGGGCGAACGCAAGUCGAAGCCCAAUAUGAACUACGAUAAGCUCAGUAGAGCUCUUAGGUACUACUACGACAAAAACAUUAUGACCAAAGUUCACGGUAAACGGUAUGCGUACAAGUUCGACUUUCAUGGGCUGAUGACUGCGUGCCAUCAGAGCCAGCCACAGAUGCCGACAGCACAGUCUGGCCUCCAAGCGGCCGCGGGCCCAUCGUCAGCCGCCGUACCGUCCACGCCGUCACCGUCUGACUUUGCUGGCGGUCUGUACAGUCAACAGCACACUUCCGCUUCCGGGCCGUCAAACGCUUUAUUUCCGGCUGGGCCUUCUUACUGGGCCACAUCUGCCGCGGGCCUUUCCACGCUAUACCAACAUCCGGCCGGACCACGGUAUCCGCCGUAAUCCGAUUCAUCAUAAUAUAUAAUAUAAUAUAAUAAUCUAUAUUAGGGAUGGGUUCUCAAACUAUAGUCAAAUUUUCGAAUACCACAAACUUCGAUAAAUUCGUAUACAUUACAAAGCUCGUUGAAAAUCGAAUACUUCGAACUCGAACAUUUUGAACAAUUCGAGAAAAAUCAAAUUCGAUAUUGAUAAUAUUAUGAAUAAAAUUUUUAUUUUAUAAAAUAUAAAUAGCUGUAGAUUAUAGUUAGGUAUAUCUGUACUAUUUUAUUUCCCAUUUUUCUGAAUGGCCUUUAUCAGUUUUGACAAUUUUAUAAUCGUGUCGUUAUCUGAUUAAAUUUUGAGAAUUCAAAAUUUUUGAAAAGUUCGAUAAAAACGAGAUUGAAUUAAACUUCGAUUAAUUUGAGAAAAAAGAAGCUGGAGUUCAUGAAAAUUUAAGUUCGACCCAUCCCUUUAACAUACACAAAUAGCUGUAUACCCGCGCGCUGCAGUUAUAUCACACAUCUUAUUUAUAAAUAUUAUGUUGAGGAAAUGUGAUCGUUGAAACAAUCUCAUAAUAUAUUUAAUUAUUUAAUUUUUACUUAGAGCCGAUUCCAACAUAUUAUAACGUAUUGUUUUGUUAUUUUGUUUCGUAGAAAGUAUCGAAACGACGCGACUACUUAAACACAAUAAUAUUUAUUUUUGUUUGUUGCUUAACAAUGUUUCGCAUGAAAAUGAGCCUUAAUACUGAUAGUAAUAAUAUUACAAUAUAUAAUGGGCAUCAUCACAUCUUGCAAUACACAUCGCGCCACUUCUGUCACUGCCAUGUAGGGUCCGUGCUACCUACUUAUACAGGAGUGAGCACACAGUUUUUUUCUAUCGUUAAUAUGUGACUUUUAUUAAAACAUAAGUACAUACAAAAUUAUACUUCAUGAAAUAUGUACAAUAAUUAUCAUUGAAAAAAAUUAAAUAUUACAAGAAUAUAAAACAUACUAACUCUACAGUUUACAAUUUUAAAAUACUUAUAAUAACUUAUUAGUUCAAAAUUAAAGUAUCAAAAUGAACCUAUAACAUACGUGGGGCCCUGGAUAAUAACUAUGAUCUUUACAUUUAAAAACGGUCAAUAAUUCUCAAUUUAUUCUAAUAUUAAAAAUGGAUUAUUCUGAAAUUGAAAUUUGACAUAUUACGUAUAUGAUUAAUAAGACCUAUACGCUAUACAACACAAUAUGCAGAUAAUGAUAUCUUCUUAAGAGGUUGAUAUUUUCGUAUGUUAAUUUACAUAAAUAAUACACCCAAAUCCCUAAUACCAGUAAUACCCUACUAGUUAUUAAUGGUUUAAUACUUUCGAAUAAAAAUUAUCUCAUUAAAUUUGUCUUAAAAUUAUUUUAGGUGUAAAAAACAAUUAAAUUGUAUAACUAUUUUACUUCGAAGUUUAUAUACUAAAUCAUUUUUAUUUACAAUUUUGCUAUUGAAAUAUGAAAUUAUUUAUUACUUAGAAUGGCUUUCUUAUACGCUUUCGUAGUGGGUUAUUGCUACACGAAUAGUCUUUCGUGAGUUAGUUCAACACACAAUACUAAAAUCCUGGGUACCUACGCAACUAUACUUGCCUAUAUAUAUACAUAUUAUAUCAGGGGCAGAUCCAGACCAAGAUAACGGGGGGGGGACGAUUUUUAAAAGGCACACAUUUGAUAAAGUAUUUAUUUAGGUACAUACAUAUGUUACUUUCCACAGUCUCGUACAGAACAAAAAUAUAUUUUUUAUAAUAAUAGUAAUAAAAAAAUAUAUCACUAUAAUUUUGUUACCCUUGAAGUAUAAUUACGUCAAAAACUAAAAUCAGAGACUUCAAGCUAUCUUUUUUUUGAGAGAACGGGGGGGGCGAUCGUUCUGAUAAUUUGUAGACCACGACGUUAUACACGCGUGAUAAAAUACCUACGCUACAAAAGCAGUGUGACUUGGACGUGAAUUAAUAAAAUUAUUUGGGCAGUUUUUCAUUAUAAUAAUUGCACAGUUUGAAGUAACACAUUAAUAAUAAAUAUUUUUUUACAAUGGCAGGUUAUAUUUAAAAACAUUCAAAUUAUAGAGUUUUUAAAUAAAGUUGUAUAUAAAGUUACUGUCAUAAAAAAAUUAAAAAAAAAUACUUAUCUAAAUAGUUAAAUUGUGAUUUUUUUUGUACCUAUAUAUGAACAAUAUUGUUAGCAGCAUAAAACAAGAUUAAUUAUGAUAUGAUGUCAUUGGAAGUUAUAGCCAUUAUUACGCAUCAAUUCCGUUUGAACUAUAUACCUAUGAUAGAUUUGCAUAUAAAUAUUGAUUAAUUUAUCGCUAAGUCAUACUAAGAAAGUAUCUUAAUUAAGUAAUGUACUACCUAUAAUGUAAAAUGCUGCAGCGCGCGGUCGAUAUUAGAUUAUUAAGUUUAUUAUUAUGUACCAUACAGUAACAAGUUCCUUUAAGUCAACAGAACAUAUUAUAUAUAUAUAAUUUGUAUAAUAAUAUAAAGUGUAAAUAUAUAAAUAUUGUUGUGUUAUUUUUUAA